GUUUAACUAUAUCAAGAUUAUGAUGAUUUUAUAAAGAGUGCUAGAGUUUGAUAUUGCAAAAGUAUGGCUGAAGGUUUUACUUAUGUUCCAGAGAUAGAAUUAUGGAAAAGUUUGAAUGUGUUUUAUACUUCAUACGGACAUCUUACCAGAUCAAAAGUUUUGCCUGAAGUUGUAGAAACUGCUUACGCUAUUCUACAAAAAAUACAAGAAACAAGUGAAAUGUUUAAAGGCGAAGUGGUAAAAGUUGGAAGUUCAGCUUCUAAGGUGUCAGCAAUGUUUGAUGACGAAAGUGACGUAUUAUUUCCUAUCUAUAUUGAAGGACAAAUUGAAGCGACUGAGGAUCCGGAAUAUGUCAAGUUUAAAUUACCGAAGCGCUGUGUGAAAAUUUGGGAAAUCUGUUCUGAUAAUGAAUAUUUAAGCCCAAGUAAAUUUUCUAAUCACUUUUAUGAUUUGGUAAACGAUUGUUUAGAAAAACUGAAACCGGAUGGUAAGAUCGAAUUAGAAGGAAAGGGCACAGUUGCAGCAACUCUAAACUGUUGCCAUGAAAAGUUCGAUUUUUCUGUUGAUUUAGUUCCUGCAGUUAGAUGCAAACCAUGGAGUACAAAUCCAUAUUGGAUGACUGACAAAACAAGGCAGUGGCCUCCGAGAGAUAUACUGGCUUCUUUUAUUGGAAGGGGUACAGAGCUAGUUUCAAAGUCAUCUAGAGGUGGUGGAAAUAAUUGGCGUUUGUCGUUUUCCCAUGCUGAAACGGAGCUAGUUACAAAUGCAACUUUAAUAUUCCCAACAUUUGGAAAGCUCUUGAUUAUUUGGAAAACGCUACGAAAGCUUUAUUUCUCACCACAAAGUAGACAUUGUACAAUAUUAUUUAAGUCUUACCAUCUUAAGAUAUUAUUAUUACACGAGGCAAUAGAUAACCCGGACAAAGAAGCAUGGGAAAACCAGAACCUUGCUCUUAGAUUUAAGUUGUCUUUGGAACGUCUGCGACAACAUAUAAAGGCAGGAUUUUUACCUCACCUAUUUAUCCCCACAGUCAAUCUGUUUUCCAAUGGCACACCUCAUUUCGUUUUGGACCAUAAACUGUUUACAACUAGCGAUUUGGCAGACGUCAUGAGAAACAUUCGAAAAUUGGACAGAACGGACUUUUACCCCGGUGGAUUUUAAAAUGUUUUAAAUGUGUUGCCGAUUCUCAUUUACCAUGUCUAGAUAUUUGUACUCAUCAGAACUUAGUUGAUUUUAUGUUCUUGAAAUUUUAUCGGCAUUUGUUAUAUUGCGCACACUUGAAUAACUAAAGCUUUCACAUAAAACGAAUACUCAUAUCAAUAUAAAAUAAUAAGAUUUAAGGUGAAUUUUAAAUUAGAACUCAAUCCAGUUUUACGAACUAUAAUAGAUGCAAAUAUAAUUAUAACUUAAAACGUUAUGUUGCAUUUUUCAGACAAGGAUACAAGAUCAAAAUGUUAUUUUUAUGGCUUUAUCAUUUGUAGAUACGCAGGUAAAUUUUCAACUUUGCAUGGAUUCGCUCAAUGAGUUAUACAAAUUCAAUGAUGGUGAUGUGGACCUUGUCUUCAUAAAUAUAGAAUUUAUCGCUUUGAAA